AUGACCGAAUCCCAGCCUCGGUGCUCUCUACAAGGCACCAUAGAGCAAGGAAAGUUCUUCGAGUUGGACGAAAUUACGAUAUUGACCCAAAUCCGAGAAGCUUUCGAACCAGAACUAGAACGCCUGAAGUGCGCAAGGGCCGUUGAAGGCACCGACCAGCAACGCUAUGCAAAUGGGACUUCGCAAUAUCGCAGUCCAUCACAGAUAUUGUAUGGCACAAACUACGACGAGAUCAACCGAACGUUAGUCGGCGUUCUCGCGCUACGAUGGAUUCACAACAGGGACUAUCAACGUUUCACUCGCGGACAACCGCUAGAAUACCGGCUAACUGAAGAGUCUUUUGAAUGGCUUUGCCAACUAUUCUACAGUGGCCUGAAGUCAGAGGAAGAUCUGUUUACUUUGAUUCUAUCCAUGAUCAUCAAUGAUCUGGGAAAAGAUCCGAAUUUGGAGGAGGAUUUUUAUUUUACGAACAACCAGCGGUUACCUGAUCAGAAUCACGACGCCCUUUUACUCGAAGCGGCAAAGGCUGGCAUGGUUCCAUCCUUGGCCUAUCUAUCUCCUGAGAGACGAGAGGAUGUUAUGCUGGGCCUGGAACUUGGUUCGGAGCUAAAUGCAGGGCAACUAGCCCAGGCUGAAAGUGUCCCAGUGAAUCUGGAAGGCCUCCUCGCCAUGAGGGGUCAUGAACAUGCUUUUGAGCUUAAAUUCAUGGAGCAGGUGCUUGAUGUUGCAGGCGCAGCUGGGCAUAUUGACUCUUCCGGCGCGAAAAACUUGAUCGAACCCGUCUUUCAGGCGUUCAAAACAGUUCAUGAAGUGUCCUUGGAGAUCAUAGCUGGGAAGGCUAGUCUCAGGCAGGGUUACGACAAAGUUUUGACUAAACGUGGCAAUAUGCUGUCGCUGAAGGGAUUCCGUAGGUUGAGUGUGAGCGAUCAAAGAGACCGAGCACUUUUACGACUACUGGCCAUGGGCCGAACAGCUGACAAGGAACAAGCUGAACUCUUCUCCCGCGCAUUUGAGGGUUUGGAUCCGGGAAGCAGAGAUCAGCUCAUUCGAGGUCUUAAUAUCGAUGGAAAGGACAACGAAACUGCGGUGCUGCCAUAUUACAUGCCUGCGAUUAUUUCAACAACUCUUGAAAACACAAAAGAAUCCGAUGGCGACGGAAAACGAAAGGCCUUGACAAGCCUCAUGAGAUAUUUAGCCAGAGUUCUCGAGAGUGGGAACGGCAUCCUAGGGUUUGAGGACGAAAGGAUUAACAACGGCGCGAUCCCUGGAAUUGUCAUCGAGAGAAACAUGACAAAGGCGCAAGAUGUGAUUAAUAGCGCUGAGUUCAAGGAGGACCCGGAUAUACUGAACUCUCUUGCAAUACCAGAUGGACAAAUUUUGCAACGGAGGAGAACCAGCCAGUCAUGGUGA